CCCCUGCUCACCUGGCCGACAGCAUCCACAAGAAGAAGCACACGCGUCCAACCUUCACAGGGCACCAGAUAUUUGCUCUGGAGAAGACUUUUGAGCAGACCAAGUACCUGGCGGGUCCAGAGAGAGCACGGCUGGCCUAUUCCCUUGGCAUGACUGAGUCCCAGGUGAAGGUCUGGUUCCAGAACCGACGGACCAAAUGGAGGAAGAAGAGUGCCCUGGAGCCCUCCUCGUCCUCACAGCGGGCGGGGGGCUCUGGUGGAGAGCGGGCAGCCUCUGAGACCGAGGACGACGAGUACAACAAGCCCCUGGACCCCGACUCAGAUGACGAGAAGAUCCGGCUGCUGCUGAGGAAGCACCGUGCAGCCUUCUCGGUGCUGGGCUUGGGCACGCACAGCGGCUGA